CUGUUUGAGUGGCGCACAAGUAGGCAGAUACUUACUGAGCAUGUGACUACUUGGAAGAAAACUAACUAAACUGGAUAGAUCACUGUGAUUCAUUUGACAUACAUUAGGAGUGGUCUGAAUUACAGUAGCUGUUUCAGUGCUUAACCGUGACUGAUCGCCUGCACAUCAUGAGCUCCCCUAAGAAAGCGACUACUGAACCUCAAGUCAUCAAAGAGGAGCUGAUUGCAAGUGGACAAUGGGUGAAGCUUGAGAAGACCACAUAUGUGGAUCCCUCUGGAAGCACCAGAACAUGGGAAACCGCAAAGAGAACAACCCGAGUCGCAAACAGUGCAGCCGAUGGUGUGGCAAUCAUUGCCCUUCUGAAGAGGACUCUACAUAAAGACUGUGUCGUAAUGGUGAAGCAGUUUCGACCACCCAUGGGAUGCAACACACUGGAGUUUCCCGCAGGUCUGAUAGAUGACAAUGAGACUGUUGAAACUGCUGCUCUGAGAGAACUAAAGGAGGAAACGGGUUACAAAGGAGAAGUAGUGGGUGUUACUCCAGUCACAUGUUUAGACCCAGGCUUGUCUAACUGCACCACACAGAUGGUGAUGGUACAUAUCAAUGGAGAUGACAUUGAAAAUAUAAACCCCACUCAACAGCUGGGUGAUGGAGAAUUUGUAGAGGUUAUUCUUCUACCCCUGGAUGAAUUUCAGCAAAAAAUUGAUGAGCUGCUGCAGAAAGAGAAAAUCGUGGUGGACUCCAAGGUGUAUAUUUAUGCUAUGGGAAUGUCGCAGGCCUACUUUAAACCCAGAGAGUUGCCUGUGCUGAAGCAGUGAGAUGCACAAAUCUCUCACCUGGAAUACACUAAAGACAGACAAAGUUUGUCUGCUGUUAGACAUUGUUGUGAGCUCAUCAGAAUGAUGAAAUCAACCAAUACUUGACCAUGGCCUUAGUGUUUUACCACGGUUGCCUGAACAUUCCUAAUAAACUAACAGUAGUUGAUUAACAGGUAUUUAGUGUUUGCACUGUUUUACAGUUCAUUAUUAAAUAUAUGAAUAUACAGGAAUUGACCAGACUAAAAGUGUAGGUCUAUUCUGAGAAUUGUUUGAAUAUGUCUAUUGACCUGUAAUAGCAAAAGAAAACCACAAAACAAAAUAAUACAAUUAUAUUUAUAGGUCACACAGUAAGACUCUAUAGGAAAGAUACUUUGUACUAUGGGCAGAUCUUGGCAUAAAUCUGACUCAAAAGGGUAUUUUUGAUGUACUGUAUCUAUACGGUCAGUAGCAGAUUAUUAUAUAUUGUGUAUCUAAUUGUGCAACGAGCUGGUAAUCCUAAAACAUUACAGUUUGUGCUGGAAGAUGUGUAUGCAAUGCUGUGUACCUGGAUAACUGUAUUAAUUUUUUAUCUAAUAAAUUUGACUUAAAAUUUU